AUGUUCCGAAGCCUGUCUCUCCGCAACCCCAGCCCGGUGCGGCACUCACACGUGACGGCAUCGGAAGGGCGGCUGGACAUGACAGAUCCAGAGGAGACACUGGAGGAAGAGCCGAGCAUGGGAGGCGUGGUGGGGCGAGAGGAGGUGCCUAGCAGGAAGGGCAGAGAGGUUUUUAAGGGAGGGGUGAUGGGGCGGGAGGAGGGGGUGGUGGGGCGGAAUGAGGGGGUGGUGGGGCGAGAGGAGGAAGAGGGAGCAGUGGAGGGGCGAGGGCUUGACGAGGAGGUGGGUUGGAAAACAGGAAGUGGGGAGGAGGGCGAGGGGGAGAGAGGGAGCAGCCCCUCCGUGGUGACAAACGGCUCGUCCCGCGUCUCCUUCCUUGCAUUCAGCCGCUGCAAGCUCGCCACAGGCGCCGGGGACUUGGGAGUGGCAUCGUAG